GCCUGUACUGAGGUACAUUUACACAGAGUUAUAAUGUUCAUUUGAACCAUGUUUAGUGUAUGGUAUUUGUUGUCAUCUUGACACAUUGUCAAACUGUAACCAAAAAGUUUAUAGAUCACGGUUGCUAUCGCAGCAGGUUCACUCGAGGGCUGGUACAGGAAAGUGGUCUAGCUGUUGUUGGGACACGUGACUGAGAAAAGACUGCGCUGAUCUGUUUUGACACGGGGACAUUGCUAGAGAGAGGGGAAGAGAGUACACAAAACGAGUUUAUGGAUAAGAAAGAGCACACAAUAUAAUUGUGUUGCGAACGGUAUGCGCCUGUACUGUGUUAUUGAGUUGGACGAAGUUCGCUAGCCAGCGAACCGUUGUUUUGGAAGAAGGUAAAAAGCUCGCUAGCCACUGCGACAAGUUGGGAAAUAAAUGGUCAGCUUGUUUUCUGACAAACUUUUGAUAUGAGAGAAAGCUAGUCAACAAUAACUAGGUAACUGACACAGGACGUGGCUACUUUACCUCACUAUGUUUCAAGACAAGUGGAACCGAUGCUUCUGGACAACACGGCGUUUAGCUAACGUUGGCUGUUUUUCCAGAAUGAUCGGUUGAAAUAGGUCUGUCCUUUACUCGAGCCCAUUGUUAUCGGAGGUGGAUCACUAGCUACCUGCGCGUUGGGGUGUUUUGUUUGAGAAGGUCGUCAUCAGAUCAGAUGCCUGUGUGUUGUUUGUUUGGUCAGCUAGCUAAAGCCACGUUUGCUAAGCCAAAUAGGUGAGGUUACAGGAGCACAGCAAGCUGAAAGAGAGAGAGAGAGAGAUGCUUCGUGACGGGACUACUGUCGUGGUUUUGGUGGUGGAAUUUGAGACGUUUAUAUUUGGGGGGUGGACAGCCAGAUUGUCAGCUCAAUGCCUUGUUGGCUAGCUAGGUGGUUGAUGAAGCAAUAACUCGGAGCUAAUCUAAUGUUUGACGAUCAGAUUUAGCUAGCUAGCUCAACUGUUCGUUGGCCAGUUAACAGUGGAUCUGACUCGAUGGACCUGUACAGUAGCAGUUUGGUAACAAAGCGUUGCUUUGUCGGGUAAAUUAGGGGGCGAUUGGCAGCAUACAGGCUACCCAGCUGGUAUUGUUGCUUAAUGCAAUAAGUCAGCAAUCCUUUGGAAGAUUUGGAUCCACACAGUCAGACACACAGCAGUAUAUUGCUGUCAGGGCUGUGUGGACGGGAGUCUAAAGACCGAAGACAGACAGACAGACAGAGGCUGCCGAGGCUGCCAGAUUCCCAGAGGGAUCCAGAUGACACUGGCUAACAUGAAACCAGAGCGAGACGUGGUGGUGGAGGAGUUCUUUGAGUACGAUGCUGAGGACUUCCUGGUGUUCCUGACCCUGUUGAUCACUGAGGGACGGACCCCAGAAUGUUCUGUGAAGGGUCGCACCGAGGGGCUGCACUGCCCCCCUGCAAAGUCCGCUCUGCCGCCCCUACACAGGCACGAGUGCAGCGACAAACUGCCACAGUGUUUGCAGGCGCGGCGUGUGCGCUCGGAGGUGUGUGCAUUGUGGAGGAACAGUAUUCCCAUCAUGGUGGAGGUGAUGCUGCUGCCAGACUGUUGCUAUGGAGAUGAGAGUCCCCCUAGUGACCCCAUCAGUGACCCAGCGAUCAAACAAGACGCUCUGCUACUGGAGCGAUGGACUCUGCAGCCUGUACCACGACAGAGCGGUGAUAGGUUUAUAGAGGAGAAGACUCUGCUGUUGGCUGUUCGUUCCUACGUCUUCUUCUCCCAGCUCAGUGCCUGGCUCAGUGCUUCUCACGGCAUUGUACCCCGAAACAUCCUGUAUAGGAUCAGUGCAGCAGAUGAGGAGUGUGUCUGUCAGUUCUCCCAGCCCCCAACGGAGCACCUGUUCCCUGUCCCUAACGUGUCCCAGAGUGUUGCCCUGAGGCUCAGGGUCCAGUCACUCCCCCGUCAGCCCACCUACCCCACCCUGGCCUGUAGCAUACACACCGGCCUGACCCUGGCCCCACUCUACAGCAAGACCCCCAGCCUUAAGCCCAACCUCAGCCCUAACCUCUACAGCAAGACACCUAGCCUUAACCCAGGCCUGAACCCUAACCUGCCUCUGUACGAGAGGAGCCACAACUCUAAAGAGAGCCACAACGGAGCGGCUCUGCCUUUCUCUGGCCUCCCCUUCCCCAGUCCUCCCAGUCUCCCCCUGCCCAGUAAGAGAGGCCUGGACCCCACAGACAGCCAUGGUCAUUCUAGCCAGAAUGGAUCAGACCUCCCCCGGGUCAAUAAGGGGCAGACAUCAUCCCCCUACCACCUCCCCCUCUCCCCCCGGCCCUCCCCCCGCCCCCACAGGAAGCUGUCCUCCACCCUGCCCCUCCCCCCCGGGGGAAAGACUGUCAGGUGGCUCUAUGCCCUCACCUCAGACCCCUCCGAUGACAUCACACACACCACCGAGGAUUAUGGGAAGGCCGUCAACGGGGCCGAGAGCUCCAAGGGGCGUGGCUCCGAAGCCCUCCAGGCCUUUAAGACUUAUUCUUUGGCAGAGCCCCCGCGGUGCCCCUCCCCCAGACCCUCCUCUGAGACCAAUCCUCUGAUUGGCUCGCUGCUCCAGGAGAGACAGGAAGUCAUCGCCCGAAUCGCUCAGCGCCUCAACUUCUGCGACCCGACCGCCCCCCAUCUCCCCCCUGCCCUCUUCACCCCCGACACCCCCACCAAGACUCCUGUCCGUGGCAGUUACCUUGACAACACCACGCUCAGCAAGACCAAAGAGCCAGAGGGAGCUCCGCCUACUGAGGACACCCCGCCCUCCCCUUUCGACACGCCUAUUGGCGAUGCAGCGGCUAUUAUCAGGGAGACGCUGUCCCCAAAACUUGUUGCCUGCCGCAGACUGAGACUACCAGAGGACAGAGAUGGAGAGACACUGAGAGACAGAGUCAGGGAGACACUGAGAGACCUGGAGACACAGAGGGACAGAGAGACAUUGAGAGACCGACAGCGAGAGAGAGACAGUAGUCUCUUGUCCCAUGCUGUUCAGGACAUUACCAGACUGAUUCAGGACAGACUGUCUGUCCCCUCUCUGUCCCCAACACACAGCCGCAGCAGCAGCCCGCUACACAAACCACAUACACACAGCACACACAAGCUCUGCACCGACACACACACCACACACAGAGGCGGCUACAGUCAUAGCAGUGGCCACUGCAACGGCUACACACCCAGCCAUGACACACACACUCUCUCACACACACCUGCUUGCACAGACAGAGCUGGUGCUUCUCCAGAGACAGACGGUCCAAUCAGAGCCCAGAACGGCUGUUCAACACUUGAAGACCCUCAGGUCAGCCCCCGACUCCAAAUAUUGCCCCAGUCUUCUCCUGUAGUCAUCCCACGGCCUCUACCCCAGUCCCAGUCUUCUCCUGUAGUCAUCCCACGGCCUCUACCCCAGUCCCAGUCUUCUCCUGUAGUCAUCCCACGGCCUCUACCCCAGUCCCAGUCUUCUCCUCCAGUCAUCCCACGGCCUCUACCCCAGCCCCAGUCUUCUCCUGUAGUCAUCCCACGGCCUCUACCCCAGUCCCAGUCUUCUCCUCCAGUCAUCCCACGGCCUCUACCCCAGCCCCAGUCUUCUCCUCUAGUCAUCCCACGGCCUCUACCCCAGCCCCAGUCUUCUCCUGUAGUCAUCCCACGGCCUCUACCUCAGUCCCAGUCUUCUCCUCCAGUCAUCCCACGGCCUCUACCCCAGUCCCAGUCUUCUCCUCUAGUCAUCCCACGGCCUCUACCCCAGUCCCAGUCUUCUCCUCUAGUCAUCCCACGGCCUCUACCCCAGCCCCAGUCUUCUCCUGUAGUCAUCCCACGGCCUCUACCCCAGUCCCAGUCUUCUCCUCUAGUCAUCCCACGGCCUCUACCCCAGUCCCAGUCUUCUCCACUACUCAGCCCCAAGAGUCCCAGGGCCAAGACCUCAAAGAGUUUACACCCCACCUGCCCCCAAGAGGAGCCCAGACCCUCCUCACCUAAAGACAACAUCCUGAGGACCAUCCAGACCCUAACAGUGACCCAGACCACCACCCUGACCCAGACCACUGCACAGACCUUGACCACCAAGCUCACCCACACCCAGACCACUGCUCUCAUCCAGAACCACAUGAAACCUCUGACUCAGUCUCCCAACCAGACCCAGACAGAGUCUCGAACUCCGUCCUCACGGACUCAGGGCAGCCCUCGAACCCAGCCCUCUAGUCUCCAGGAUGAGAACCAGGCCCCCCCAGGCUCCAAGUCCUCCAGCCCCCCCAGUCCUGCUACCACACCCCCUGGCACAGAGCCCAACACUGUCCUGCGUUCUCCCUCGCCCCUGAGACCGUGUAACAGCUGGAGGAAACACAACCGUCACUCUCUGGACUCCACCCUCACCAAGGCCUUCCACCCCUGUACCGGCCUGCCCCUGCUCUCCAGCCCUGUUCCUCAGAGGAGAACUCAGACGGGUUACUUUGACCUGGACUCUUCUCUGACCAGCUGUAAAGGACUGCCCUGGACCGCAGGGAAGAGAGUGUGUGUGAAGAGAGUGGAGGAGUCAGAGGAACCUCAGCCGCUGUUCAGUGCCAGCGCUCCACCUGCCAGCCUCAGUCUACUGGGCAACUUUGAGGAGUGUGUGUUGAACUACCGCCUGGAGCUGUUGGGGUCAGUGGAGGGUUUCACGGCCGAGGUGGGUGCUUCCGGAACCUUCUGCCCCAGUCACAUGACCUUCCCCGUCGACGUCUCCUUCUACAGCGUCUCUGACGACAACGCACCCUCGCCAUACAUGGGAGUCAUCAACCUGGAGACUCUGGGUAAACGGGGCUACCGCGUCCCUCCAUCAGGAACCAUUCAAGUGACCUUAUUUAACCCCAAUAAGACGGUGGUGAAGAUGUUUGUGGUGGUGUAUGACCUGAGAGCCAUGCCUGCCGGCCACCAGACCUUCCUCCGUCAGAGGACCUUUUCUGUCCCCGUUCGACGGGACAACUCACACAAACACGGCAGCCCAGACAACACACACACACACGGCAGCAGCAGGAAAUCCCUCUCCCUCAGCCAGGAAUGCAUCCUGCGCUACCUCAUUCACCUGAGGUUCCAGACCUCUAGGUCAGGUAAAGUGUACCUCCACAGGGAUAUCAGACUGCUGUUCAGUAGGAAGUCUAUGGAGGUCGACAGUGGAGCGGCCUACGAACUCAAGUCCUACACAGAGUCCCCAGCUGACCCAGCCUUCUCCCCACGCUGCUGACACACACACACACACACACACCUCUAUCUGCCCUGACACACACACACACACACACACACACCUCUAUCUGCACUGAUGCACACACUCCUCUAACUGCCCUGACGCAAACACGCACACCCACAGAGCUGUCAGAGAGCUGGGCUCAGAGCGUUCUCGUGUGGAACAGUCCAGACAGGCUCCGUCCCAGAUACCUAAGGCCUGGAGAUUCUGAUGACCAUCUGACCAUGAACAGCUCCUGGUCCUACAGAACCCUGCUGUUUUCUGUGAAGCUCAAACACAUCUUUAUACAUGUAGAAAAUGUAUUAAAGACAUGCUAAAACAAACAUCAAAUACACGUUAGCGACCAUGGACCACUGAUUGACCAGAACAAGCAAUCAAGAGACUGAGAAAAUUACAAGACGACAUUGAAAAAGCGCACUGUGUAUUUCCAUGACAGGAAAUCAAAAGGAAUAAUAUUCUAAUAUUUUUUUGUACUGUUACAAAAACAAAUCUCUGAAGUGUUGCAUUAGAGAGUAACAUGUAGCUUUAGUGUUUACAUCAUUUUCUUUGUUUACCGUCAGUUAUUUAAUAUUUAAAUUAAUAUUUCAGUUACUGCUUAUGUGACAUCUAUCAUCCUCAGCAUUAUGAUGUAGUGCAAAACUCUGUAGAUCAUAAUGUGUAUUUUUGACAUUAACUCAGAUCUGAAAAUAUAUCUAUAUCUUAAAGCAAUCUUGAAAGCUG